UUCAUUUUAGUCUUCUGUUGAAUAGAUUUUAUUGGGUUAUUGUUAAUUCUUUUAGGUUUUUAUUUUCUUUAUUUGGGAAGUUAAAAGACUGUGAUUUUGUAUACUGGGUAGUUUUUAAUUUACGUUCUUUGUUUGUUUUGUUCUGUUAUAAAGAUUUUUAAUUACCUUUUUUGGGCAAUUCUCAUUUAUUGGCUUUUUGUUAAAAAUGUAUUGAAAAAUGCCAAAUUCAAAUAUACAAGGGUCGCUGUAUACUACUGGAGAGCCAAUGAAUAUACAUAAUACCCAUUUGGAAGAAGAAGAAGAAGAAGAAGAUGAAGAUAUAGGUGGAGGUGGUGAGGAGUCUAUAGAUAAUCCUAACAAUCACUAUGAAAAUGGCGGUGGAAGUGUUGUUGGUGGUGUGGAGGGUGAUGCAAUUCAGGUUACUGGCGACCCUGAUUAUCCUUUGGUGGCUGUAUAUGGUGGUGGCAGUUCUGACCAGCUUACUCUCUCUUUCCAGGGUGAGGUUUAUGUAUUUGAUGCUGUUUCCCCUGAUAAGGUGCAGGCUGUGCUGUUACUUUUAGGUGGGUAUGAAAUUCCUUCUGGCAUUCCUACCACGGAGACGGUCUCCCUUAACCAGAGGGGAUCCACUGACUUGUCUGGAAGAUCAACCCAACCUCACAGAGCGGCUUCUUUACGCCGGUUCAGGGAGAAGAGAAAAGAGCGUUGUUUUGAUAAGAAAAUCCGUUACACUGUUCGGAAAGAAGUUGCACUUAGGAUGCAGCGUAAGAAGGGACAAUUUACUUCAUCCAAGAAUAGUUCUGAUGAAAUGGGCUCCGGUUCUUCUCUCUGGAGUGGACCACAGGGUUCUGGACAAGAUGAGAGCUUGAUGGAAACUUCAUGUACUCACUGUGGAAUUAGUUCGAAGUCAACUCCAAUGAUGCGUCGGGGACCAGCUGGUCCAAGAACCCUUUGUAAUGCAUGUGGGCUCAAGUGGGCUAAUAAGGGAAUCUUAAGAGACCUUUCAAAGAUGCCAAGUGCUGGAAUUCAAGGUCCUCCUGCAAAGCCAAUGGAACAGGGCGAAGGUGAAGCUAAUAACACUGCUGUUGUAACUGCGGGAGGAGAGAGACUCUCAACUUCCAACGGCGAUAACUUAGCUUUGACAGCUGAAACAUGAAGCCUUAGUUCCUUCCUCAGCAGUAAGCCCCAUUUGAUGUUGGAAAGCAUAUCCUGCACAGAUUAACUUGCUUAAGGUGGAUCGAUGCUUCGUACGCAACAAACUGCAAGCACCAUUCGGCAUUAAACUGAUACGAAGCAGAUUUACUACCUGUUUAACAGCUGUUGUGCUUUGUUCCAACCAACUGUACAUAUAAUUCAGACUGUUUCUGUCUAAGUAUAUAUAUAUAUAUAUAAAAUGCUGUUAUGAAACAGCAGAACACAUAAGUUUUCAAGUUUGAAGAUCAGAUCUUGCAGUGUCAUGUUACUUUGUUUCUCUUCUAACUAUUCAAGCUGAAGACAAGUAGCAGAACUCUUGUUAUUUUUUUCU